CAAAUAAUUCUGUUCGUUAUCAUUUAUUUUGUUUCGCCUAAUAUAUCGAUCAGCGGCCAGACAGCAUGGAAUUAUGAUGCCGACACGUGCUGAUAGCCGAGAUGGUGACUGUUAAGUUGAAUAUUACACCAGUCGAUCAUCGUUUAUACAGGGAGAACACGUCCCAACGCCGAAUAUUGUCAUCAGUUCGAAGUCGGUUAGGACAAAUAGCCUCGACCCUGCAGGCGGCCGUCAGGUUUCGGCGGUUCUCACGCAAAGACUCGCACCCCGCCCCCGACUGGUUCGUGGACAAGGGCAGGCAGGAUGACGGCGGCGCGAACAGGGACGAAGAAAUGGGACCCACUUGUUGGGGUCGGAGGAUCGUGGUCGAUCCCACUCGGCUUUCGCACUAUGUGUGGCUUAUGGUUGUAUCAUUAGCAGUUCUGCACAACACCAUUUUUGUCCUAGGUAGAGCAGUGUUUUGGGAACUAAACAAUAAAUAUCCACCAUUAUGGUGGACCCUGGACUAUCUUUGUGAUGCCAUUUAUAUUAUAGACGCCUUAGUUCAUGCCCACGAAGGUUACCUGGAACAAGGCCUUCUAGUCACCGAUCCCCAGAAGCUCCGCGCCCACUACCUCCAGUCCAAAUCCUGGCGAACGGACAUCCUGUGCAUCAUCCCCACCGACCUGGCCUACAUUUGGUGGCCUCCUUUCGAUGGCGAUCCAAAAGUGCCCUGUCCUGUCAUCGUAAGACUAAAUAGACUGUUCAAGCUGCCCAGGCUGUGGGAGUGGUUCGAACGAACCGAAACCGACACCAAUUAUCCGAACGUCUUUAGAAUAUGCAAAGUGGUGUUGGCCAUCUUGGUACUGAUCCAUUGGAACGCUUGUUUGUACUUCGCCAUCAGCUAUUUUAUCGGUUUCGGAACGGACAGUUGGGUGUAUAAUUUAAACGGAACGGCGAACGCCUCUCUGGCUAGACAAUACAUUUAUAGUUUCUAUUGGUCCACGUUGACCUUGACCACUAUCGGUGAAACCCCAGUGCCUGAGAACGAUGUCGAGUAUCUGUUCGUCGUGGCGGAUUUCUUGGCUGGUGUGCUUAUAUUUGCAACGAUCGUUGGUAACAUCGGUUCGAUGAUAUCGAACAUGAACGUGGCUCGAGUGGACUUCCAAAAUCGCAUGGACGGCGUGAAGCAGUACAUGGCCUUCCGGAAGGUCGGCAGAGAGCUGGAGGCCAGAGUGAUAAGGUGGUUCGCGUAUACGUGGGCGGAGAGCGGCGCUCUCGACGAGGAGCGAGUCCUCUCGGCCCUGCCGGACAAAUUGAAAGCCGAAAUUGCCAUCAGGGUGCACCUGGAUACGCUCAGGAAGGUCCGAAUAUUCCAGGAUUGCGAACCGGGAUUGUUGGAGGCGUUGGUGUUGAAAUUGAGACUGCAGGUUUUUUCUCCAGGUGAUUAUAUUUGCCGGAAAGGCGACGUGGGAAAAGAAAUGUACAUAGUAAAAAGAGGCAGACUGCAGGUGGUAGCAGACGACGGCUUCACGGUAUUGGCCACGCUGGGAGCUGGAUCAGUUUUCGGCGAAGUGAGCGUACUCGACAUUGUCGGAAAUCGUACAGGGAACAGAAGAACAGCCAAUGUCCGUUCACUAGGAUAUUCGGACCUUUUCUGUUUAGCGAAGGACGAUCUCCUGGUCGCGUUGGCAGACUAUCCAGACGCCAGAGCCACGCUGACAGAAAGAGGUUGCCAACUGCUGAGGAAGGACGGUCUCCUCGACGAGGAGCAGUUCCGGAACGCGAAGGACACUCAAGAAUCGAUGAACGACAGCAUAAAAAAGUUGGAGAGCACCGUGGAAACGUUGCAAAUCCGCUUGGCCAGACUCCUGGCAGAAUUUACGGCGAGCCAAGCCAAAAUCAAACAAAGACUCACCAGGGUUGAAACAAGACCGGAAAAGGAGAAAGAAAAUGCCCCGGUGGUCGAACCAGUACCAACACAGCCUAACACAGAAACUCUUCCCGUCCCGCAAGGCAGAAGAAGACUCUACUCCUUCGAGGUGCAAAGAGAAACGACCAACUCGGCAAACAGACAUAAAACCAUGUAGUAAAACUUUACCGAGUAUCUAUAUAAAAAUUCUGUGGUUUUUGAGUACUGAGAAACAAUAGUUUAAAAGUGAUGAGUAUGUUUAUUAAGUUUUUUUGUAUGUAUGUGAAAAUGAAAAAUAUUUAUAAAGAAUCAAAUCAUGUUUUAUAUAUUUUGUACUUUUAAGAAACCGUUUUUUGUAUACCAUAUACGUUUAAAUCAGCUAAAAAUGUGCGUUAUAUACCAGUUUAAGUAAUACAGUAGCGACAGUUCGUUGUUUAUGAGAUGAGGGGUCCUUAGAUAAGCGACAAAUACGUCAAACCAACGUGUGUUGAUUAUCAGUCAAUUAAUGAUGGUAGAUUCUUUUAAGUAUUUGAUUAUUUACUACUUUUCUAAUUUUAUUCUUCCAAUUAUUGUGAUAUUUUUGUCGGACGGGUUAUUUUGCAGUUACUUUUCUCAGUGUAGAAAUAAGCGGCAAAAACUUUAAUUGUCCCACUUCCAAGGAUUAUAUACUAUUAUAACAGGAUAGAUUACUUUCAUUUACCAUGUAUUUUGAAAAUAUUGACGUCACCGUAGAACCAAACAUUGUUUUCGUUUAUUGUUAGUUCGCAGAAUUCCCUUGUAUUAAGUUUUUUGUGUUUGAGACUUUAAUUUGUAUCCUGUUUGUAUUGAAUAGUGGGAUCUUUAUUAUAUUUAACGUAAAUUCGAUUUAUAUCUUGUUUAAAAGAUUAUUUUAAGUUAUUUAUUUAACAGUUAGAGUCAGUGGUAUGCUGAGAGAACGUGUGCAAAAAGAAGCAGGUGGCUUAAUUUAAAAAAGAAAAACAAAUACUAAUUUCACUACUUUCCAAUACAAAAUGAGUUGCGGUUUUUAAGAAGUUCCGUCUUCGAGGCCAGAUCGCUAUAAAAUAAAUCUGGAAUCUAUUACGAAAGUUACCAAAAAAAUCCAAGCAGGACUCAAAAAUUCGCUUUCAAUUAAAGUUUCAGAGUUUCUCGGACUAUAGCAAAAUAUAAUUUUGUGAAUAAUACACAGCGGUAGCGGGUUUGGGAAAAGAAUAAAAAAAGGAAUAUCGAUGAAAAGAAAAUUAUAAUCGCACACAACGUACCUUAAAUAUUUCAUAAUAAAUCACACUGCAUUUUUGUUAAACACUCGGCACGGUCACAUAGAGCGGUCAAAAUUAUCGGCAGCACAGAGACCGAGGACCGAGUGCUCGAUGACAACUGAUUACACUACACUCGGAGUGAUUCGGUUUCCCGAGUGGUUCGGGAAGACUAAAAAACAGUCAUUUGACUUUUCGAAAAAACCGGAUAAAUCACCUGAAUUCGAACGUUUAAAGUUGGAUUCGAAUUUCAGUAAAUAAGAAAAUACUUUGAAAUACGAGGAUUCUCGCAAAUGUUCAAAAACUGGAAUUUCCAGUAAAUAAAAAAUACAGGGGUUCUUGAGAAUUUUAUCAGACGUAAAUUAAUUUGAACUAAACAUUUUAAAAUUAAAAUAAUGAAAAAUUUAGUGACUUCGUUACAUCUUUCAUAGUGCUAAUAUAUGGAUGUUAAGCAUGACGAUAUGAAAAGUUCAAAUUCAUUUUUAUUCGAAAGCAAAAGUAACUUUUUUGA